AUCGUUCACCUGGAACUACAUUUAAGAUCUUUUUUGAUAAAGACUUAGUAGAAGAAAUUGUUAAUUUUAGCAAUGUAUAUUCACAGCAAAAAAACCGCACCGGUGACAUUACGGUAGACGAGAUGUACUGCUUCUUAGGGGUGUUACUUGUCAGUGGUUACGCAAGCGUUUCAAGACGGCAUAUGUAUUGGCAGAACUGCGAUGAUACUCAGAAUAAGCUUAUAUCAGCCGCUAUAUCCAGAGACAGGUUUCAAUUCAUAAUGAGUAAUCUUCAUUGUAAUGAUAAUACGACUCUUGACAAAAAUGACAAAUACUGUAAACUUCGCCCAUUAUUUAACAAUCUAAAUAAAAAGUUUUUUGAUUUUGCACCAAUUGAACAGAACCACAGCUUUGACGAAGCAAUGAUACCGUACUUUGGGAGGCAUACCUGCAAGCAGUUUAUAAGAGGAAAGCCGAUAAGGUGGGGGUAUAAAUUUUGGGUAGGUACUCUACGACUAGGAUAUAUAGUUUAUUUUGACCCGUAUCAAGGUUCGUCGACAACAAUUUCAGAAAAAUAUAAGCAUAUGGGUUUGGGAGCGUCAGUUGUACUCCAAUAUGCCCAAAUCACCAUUCAGUAACUCGACAGUUUUAAAGAAAAAGGCUAGAGGCACAUUUGAAUAUGGAGUUGCUGACAAUGAAAUCGCCUUGUGCAAAUGGAAUGACAAUAGCGUCGUUACAUUGGCCACUAAUGCUUGUACAGUUUUUCCAGUACAUAAAGUGAAAAGAUUUUCUCAGUCUGAGAAAAAGCAUGUGAGUAUAGAUCAGCCACGAUUAAUUAAAGCAUAUAACGAAAACAUGGGUGGCGUAGAUCGCAGUGACCAAAACAUAGGCCAAUACAGAGUUUCCAUACGUGGUAAGAAGUGGUAUUUUCCUUUGUUUUCGCAUUGUGUCGACAUGGUAGUACAAAACUCAUGGCACCUUCAUAAAAAUGAUGGUGGUACCCUUGACCAACUACAAUUUAGAAGAGAUAUCGGUACAGAACUAUUAGAAUCCCACAAGAAAAGCACUAAGAAAGGGCCUUCAAAGUUGCCGAAAAACGCGCACCAAUAUACGCGCUAUGACAGACUAGAUCAUUUAGUGAUAUACCAAGAAAAUCAGCGAAGGUGUGCUGUGUGCCACAAAAAAGCAAAUUUCUUGUGUCAAAAAUGCAAUAUUUCUCUUCACCCAAAAGAUUGUUUUAUCAACUAUCAUACCAAUUAGUUUAAAUUUUGAGUUUAAAUAUUUUGUAAAACUUUUUGAUAGAAUAAAUUAACAUA